CGCCUUUAUAUGCUUGUUGCUGCAGUCAGCCCGCGUGUGUUUACUGUUUGUAUCCGUUCCCGCUCGAGUUCGCCGUUGACAAGUGCUUUUUUUGUUUUUUACCCACACACACGACUUUUCAUUCGUAACGAGCGAAAUGAGUGAAAAGAGGAAAGCCGAGGAUAUGGGGUCCGAUCACGAAGAGGAGGAGUGCAUCGGUCCCUCGAUCGCUGACGCUGCUCCAGUCAAAAAGAAGAAAGUUCUGCCUUAUGAAAAAGUCUACCUUGACAACCUGCCAAGCUGCGAAGUCUAUGAAAAAUCGUACAUGCAUCGUGACGUCGUCAGCCAUGUAGUGGUAACAAAGUCAAAUUUCAUUAUCACUGCCAGCUGCGAUGGCCACGUUAAGUUUUGGAAAAAACAAGACGAACUCAUCGAGUUUGUCAAACACUUCAGAGCGCAUCUCAAGGCGAUUCAAGCUCUGGCAGCGAGUUCCAAUGGAAUUCAUUGCUGCACUGUCAGUCUUGACAAUCAUAUGAAAGUUUUUGACGUGCCCAAUUUUGACAUGAUCAAUAUGAUGAAACUGGGUUAUACACCUUUGUGCGCGGAAUGGAUAUAUAAAGCAGGCGAUGCUGUAGCUGCAGUUGCAGUUUCUGAUCAAGACUCGACUGCUAUUUAUAUUUAUGAUGGACAAGGUUCGGAAGCUCCUAUUCACAAAUUUGAAACCAAUCUUCAUAAGUAUCAAGUUAUAGCUAUGAAGUACAAUCCUGUGUUCGAUGUUUGCAUAUCUGUGGAUAAAAUUGGAAUCGUAGAGUAUUGGUCUGGACCAAGGAGUAACUAUCAGUGCCCUCCUAAGUGUAUACCAUUUGAGUCCAAGCUAGAUACAGAUUUAUAUGAAUUUGCCAAGAACAAGACAUAUCCAUGUAGUUUAGCUGUGUCAAAAGAUGGAAAGAAGUUUGCGGCAUUAUGUCAAGACAGAAAAAUCAGACUAUUCCAUUUUCUUACUGGUAAAAUGUCCAGGGUUUACGAUGAGUCCCUGCAAAAAUUUGUAGAAUUACAGCAAACCACUCAUCAACUCCCAAAUAUGGAAUUUUGUAGAAGGUUGGCAGUGGAAAAAGAAAUGGACAAAACUGAAACAAAUUUAGGAAACAUUUUAUUCGACGAGUCAGGCUACAUGCUGAUAUACAGCACGAUGCUGGGACUGAAAAUAAUCAAUACCUACACGAAUCAAUGCGUCAGAAUAUUGGGUAAAUCUGAAAAUCUCCGACCGAUGCAGUUGGGUCUCUUUCAGGGCAAAGCGAAAGAGACGGCCGCCGUGACCUUCGAGAGGGAGGCCUCGGACAACACGCCGUUGGACAUGGUCGAGCCGGAUCCCACGCUGUUCUGCACGGCCCACAAGAAGAAUCGCUUCUACAUGUUCACGAAGCGCGAACCUGUAGACACCAAGGGCCCGGACUGCGACCGCGACGUGUUCAACGAGCGCCCGUCCAAGGAGGACAUCAUCUCGUCGACCGAGGCCAACGACGAGCAGAAGGUCUUCAACACGGCGGUGCUGCACACGGCGCUGGGCGACAUCGAGAUCGAUCUGUUCGGCAAGAAGGUGCCCAAGACCGUGGAGAACUUCUGCGUGCACUCGAAGAGCGGCUACUUCAACGGCCACAUCUUUCAUCGGGUGAUCAAGGGCUUCAUGAUACAGACGGGCGACCCGACGGGCACGGGCACCGGCGGCGAGUCCAUCUGGGGCGGCGAGUUCGCCGACGAGUUCGUGAAGGAGCUGAAGCACGACAGGCCGUACACCGUGAGCAUGGCCAACGCCGGGCCCAACACCAACGGCAGCCAGUUCUUCAUCACCCUGACGCCCACGCCCUGGCUCGACAACAAGCACACGGUGUUCGGCCGCGUGGUCAAGGGCAUGGAAGUCGUGCAGAACAUCAGCACGGUGAAGACGAAUCCGAAAACCGACAAGCCCUACGACGACGUGAAAAUAAUCAGCGUGACCGUGAGAUAAUUGUUUUUUCGUGUCCGU